AUGGCACCUAUCAUCGACGAUGCCGUUUCCGGCCUGAAAGACACCAUCGGCAAGCUGGAGGCCCGGGUUGCCGAUUUGGAGAACCGCCUGACUGGCGGCGACAAGCCCAAGUCGCUGACGGAGCAGAUGCGCAUCAUCCUGAUGGGCCCUCCUGGUGCUGGCAAGGGUACUCAGGCCCCGAACAUCAAGGAAAAGUACUGCGCGUGUCACCUGGCUACUGGAGACAUGUUGCGGUCACAGGUCGCGAAGAAGACCGAGCUUGGCAAGGAGGCCAAGAAGAUCAUGGACCAGGGUGGUCUCGUCAGCGAUGAGAUCAUGGUCAACAUGAUCAAGAGCGAGCUGGACAACAAUGCUGAGUGCAAGAACGGCUUCAUCCUGGACGGCUUCCCCGCACCCGUUGCUCAGGCCGAGCGCCUGGAUGACAUGCUUGCCUCCCGCAAGCUUCCGCUCCAGCACGCCAUCGAGCUGCAGAUUGACGACGCCCUUCUCGUUGCGCGUAUCACCGGCCGCCUGGUGCACCCGGCGUCGGGCCGCUCGUACCACAAGAUCUUCAACCCGCCCAAGAAGGACAUGGUCGAUGAUGUUACGGGCGAGCCUCUGAUCCAGCGCUCUGACGACAACGCCGAGACUCUGACCAAGCGCCUGGCGACCUACCACGCCCAGACCUCGCCCGUCUGCGAGUACUACAAGAAGACCGGCAUCUGGCGCGGCGUUGACGCCAGCCAGGAGCCCGGCCAGGUGUGGAAGAGCCUGCUGGGUGUGUUCCACAAGAACUAG